UCCUCUUUCUCUUCAACCACACGGAACUUUCUCUCUCUCUCUAAUCCGAAUCCCUCUGUUGCUCUCUCGAUCUGUCAGAGCCAAGGGCUUUUCUCGCCAUUCCUGUUCAUUCCCUUCAUCCGUCCAUCCAUGUAGAGCUUCUGUAAAGCUCGGGUUUCCUAGAAGUGGCCGUUAAAUCUCUGGGAUCGCGUGGAUCGAACUCCUGCGGGGAGGAUUGGAUCAAUUGGCGGAAAAAUGGACGGGUCGUUCUUCGAUCUGAUGGAGCUGUUGAAGAACCCCUCCAUUACCGAAACAUUCGUCGAUAUUCUGCUCUGCGCCGUGCCGAUAUGGCUGGCCGUCAUGAUCGGGCUCCUGAUCGGCUGGUCUUGGCGGCCAAGGUGGACCGGAUUAGUUUUCCUAGGGUUACGGAGCAAGGUCAGGUUUCUGUGGACGGCGCCUCCCGGGUUCGGAGCCCGGCGACUCUGGUUGGCAUUCACGGCUCUGUCGGCGUUCUCCGUUUGCCGCACCAUCUGGUCCAACUUCAAGGGCAAAAGGGAGAAGUCAGCUGCGGCGGCUGCUUCUUCGUCUGCGUCGGCAGCUGCGGUGGAUAGAAGCACGGAGCCAUUUUCUGAUUCUGCUAGCUCCACAAGUGAAGCUGAGGAGAGGGAGUACCUUGUAACAGAGACUGACUUGGAACACCUAUUGUAUCUGCUUGAAGGCAAGGACAGUCAAAUGGACUGGCAAUGUUUUAUGGAAAGAACUACACCAAACAUGUCAUACCAAGCUUGGCGCUACGAGCCUCAGACAGGUCCUCCUGUUCUACGAAGUCGGACUGUCUUUGAGGAUGUGACUCCAGAGUUGGUCAGAGAUUUCUUCUGGGAUGAUGAAUUCCGUCCUAAAUGGGACCCAAUGCUUGGAUACAUUAAGAUAUUGGAGGAAUGCCCUUCUACUGGAAUAAGCAUUUCUCAUUGGAUAAAAAAGUUUCCAUUUUUCUGUAGUGAUAGAGAAUACAUCAUUGGUCGAAGAAUAUGGGAGGCUGGGAAGACUUACUAUUGUGUCACUAAGGGGGUGCCAUACCCGGGCUUGCAGAAGCGGGACAAGCCAAGACGUGUCGACCUGUACUUCUCGAGUUGGGCGAUUAGGGCUGUUGAAUCUCGGAAAGGGGAUGGGCAGAUGUCAGCAUGUGAAGUCGUCCUCGUGCAUUACGAGGACAUGGGGAUCCCUAAAGACGUAGCAAAGCUAGGACUGCGUCAUGGAAUGUGGGGUGCGGUGAAGAAGUUGCAUUCCGGGAUGCGUGCAUACCAGAAUGCCAGGAAAGCAGCAGCAGAUGGUUCAUCGUUGUCCAGAUGCGCGGCCAUGGCCAAGGUCACCACCAAAAUCACUCUCGAUAAGAACAACACGGAGGAGUUGUCCUCAUCGGCGGAAGGAAGUAGUGACAAUGAAGGAAGCAAAAGCAGAGUGGUGGAGGGGCAAGGCAGGCAAAAGAAGGAUCAUCAUGGGAUUGAUUGGAAAUGGGUAGUGUUGGGCGGGGCGGUGGCUGUGGUAUGUGGGGUGCGCUCAGGCGCAAUUGGGAAGGCCUUGCUGCUGGGUGCAGGGCAAAGAUUUGCCCGGAGGUGACUUUGACUGAGUGAACUGGUUUUUUGCAUGAUUUUCUGGAGAAAAACUGUAUGUAUUCACAAUCCACCCAUCCCAUAUAUGUCUAUCUGCGACCGAAGAAGCUUUUCUUCUCCAUGGCAAUGUAGAUUGCCUCCUUAUGAUCAUAUUGUCGCAGUGCCAUCGCAUGGUCAAUGUAUUGUACUAUUAUUGCUACUAUCUAUCCUUCAAAAUGUUAUACUGUAGGGCUCAAUUGGCAGCAGCAGUUGACAAUGGCGGCCGGCUGGGUUUCCCGGCGGUACAGUCCAUAUCGUCACCGUCGCCUGUGUUUCCUCAUUAAGACUCAUGGGCCGUAAAACCGGGCCUUGGAUUUGGAUAGCAAAUGGGACGAUUGGGCUGAUUUGACGCAGAUCCAUGGUUUGCUUGCUGCUGAUCUUGGCCGCUAUCGCUUAUUUUACUGGUUUUCCAUUGGCAUCCUAUCUAGGUCCGGAAUAGCGCCGGUAAGAGGGCGACUGGGAGCAUGUGCUCUAACGAGAUUCGGCGACUGAGAGCAACCGGUAUAAGCAAAUUUUAAUUUGUAUCGUUAAUUGGUUGUCUUGGGCAUUAUAUGGGCAUAUUUCCUAUAGUAUUAUUAUCAUUGUGACUUGAGUUUUGUGGACCUAUAGUCUUAGCCCAACAAUCGGUAUUUCUGUUCUCUCAUUCGCUCUGUUCGAUACUAGUUAUAUAGAUAUGUGGAUGAGAGAAUCCACGGCGGAAGUAUCCACUCACUACGCUC